AUGAUUGGUCAGGUUGCUCUCCUCUCGGCGCUUCUCAGCAUCGCCCAUGCCCAGAACGCAGGCACCUUGACACCCGAAAAUCAUCCCUCACUUGCUUGGUCUCAAUGCAGUGCGGGGGGCUCGUGCACAUCCGUUAACGGAAAAAUUACGCUUGACGCGAACUGGCGCUGGACACAUUCGACUUCCUCUUCGACAAACUGCUACACGGGAAACCAGUGGGACAAGACACUCUGCCCUGAUCCUGCAACUUGCACGACCAACUGCGCUCUGGAUGGCGCCGACUACAGCGGCACUUACGGCAUAACCACCUCCGGAGACUCCCUUAAGCUCAAUUUCGUCACAAACAAGAAUGUCGGGUCGCGUGUUUACCUCCUGGCGGAUGAUGAGAAGUACCAGAAAUUCCACCCCAAAAAUCAAGAAAUUACGUUCGAUGUUGAUGUCUCUAAACUACCUUGUGGCAUUAACGGUGCAGUCUACUUUACUGAGAUGGAUGCCGACGGUGGCACGUCGAAGUACCCGACUAAUAAGGCUGGUGCCAAGUAUGGUACCGGAUACUGCGAUUCACAAUGCCCCCGUGAUAUCAAGUUCAUUGGCGGAGUGGCAAACCUUCUCAAUUGGAACGCAACAUCCGCAAAUUCCGGAACUGGCAGCUUUGGCGCCUGUUGUACUGAGAUGGACCUCUGGGAAGCCAACUCCAUUUCCUCGGCAUACACUCCUCAUCCCUGCAACACCAACGGAUUUUUAAAGUGCAGCGGUGAUGAGUGUGGCCAUCCAUCUCGUUAUUCUGGGCUUUGUGACCCCGAUGGAUGCGACUUCAAUUCCUUCCGCCAGGGCGACACCAGCUUCUACGGAAAAGGGUUGACCGUCGAUACCAGCCACCCGUUUACUGUCGUGACCCAAUUCAUUACAACUGAUGGCACUGAGAAUGGUGAUCUUACGGAGAUUAAACGAUUCUACGUUCAAAAUGGCAGAGUUAUACCUAAUUCACAGUCCAAGAUAUCCGGGGUCUCUGGGAAUUCCAUCACUGACCCUUACUGCUCUGCUCAGAAGGUAGCAUUUGGUGACACAAACUCUUUCUCCAAACACGGUGGGCUCAAGACCGUCGGUGAAUCCCUUGCUCGCGGCCACGUUCUCGUGCUGUCUUUAUGGGACGACUACGACGCCGACAUGCACUGGCUCGAUAGCACCUAUCCCACUGAUGCAGACCCUACCAAGCCUGGUGUUGUUCGCGGCACCUGCACCACCACAUCCGGCCAACCCGCCGACGUUGAAUCGUCAGCCGCCAGUGCCUAUGCCGUAUAUUCGAAUAUCAGGUUUGGGCCCCAUAACUCCACCUUCAGCGGUUCAGCAGGCCCUAGCCCAGCUCCAAACUCCACGAGUUCCACUACUUCCACCUCCACGCGUCCUGCUACUCGUACUUCCAUGACCCCAGGGACCUCCGGGAUUCCGAAGGAGUCGGGAUUCAAGACUUCCACAACCACUUCCUCCGCACCCUCCGCAACCCAGACAAAAUACGGACAAUGCGGAGGCAAUGGCUACAAAGGCCCAACCACCUGUGUCGCUGGAUGCACCUGCACCAACUUUAAUCCUUGGUACUCUCAAUGCUUGUAA